CCUGUGGGUGGGGCGGUGGGUUGGGUCCUGAGCAUGCCCUGGUGAGAGGGCUCCUCUUGGGGAGCCCAGGGAGCUCCGGGAGCCUGCUGGUUUGGGGGUGUCUCCUCCCGGGGAGCGAUGGCGGCGUUGGCCAGUAGCCUGAUCCGACAGAAGCGGGAGGUCCGCGAGCCCGGGGGCAGCCGGCCGGUGUCCGCGCAGCGGCGCGUGUGUCCCCGCGGUACCAAGUCACUUUGCCAGAAGCAGCUCCUCAUCCUGCUGUCCAAGGUGCGACUGUGCGGGGGGCGGCCCACGCGACAGGACCGCGGCCCAGAGCCUCAGCUCAAAGGCAUCGUCACCAAACUGUUCUGCCGCCAGGGUUUCUACCUCCAGGCGAAUCCAGAUGGGAGCAUCCAGGGCACCCCAGAGGACACCAGCUCCUUCACCCACUUCAAUCUGAUUCCCGUGGGGCUUCGUGUGGUCACCAUCCAGAGUGCCAAGCUGGGUCACUACAUGGCCAUGAAUGCUGAGGGGCUAUUGUACAGCUCGCCGCAUUUCACAGCAGAGUGUCGCUUUAAGGAGUGCGUCUUUGAGAAUUACUAUGUCCUGUAUGCCUCUGCUCUCUACCGCCAGCGUCGUUCUGGCCGGGCCUGGUACCUAGGCCUGGACAAGGAAGGCCGGGUCAUGAAGGGAAACCGAGUCAAGAAGACCAAGGCAGCUGCCCACUUUGUGCCCAAGCUCCUGGAGGGUGGGUAUGGGCUCAAGAAAAGUGGCCAUGUACCGGGAGCCUUCUCUCCACAGUGUCCCUGAGACUUCCCCUUCCAGUCCCCCUGCCCAUUGAGAUGUAGUCCCUGGACUGGAGGCUCUCUGCACUUCCAGUGAGCCGGCCACCGCCACACCCCGUCUUCCAGCCCUGCUCCAGGCCUUGCUGCUCUUGCCCCUGUUGCCACACACAUGCCCUGAGCAGCCAGGUCUCACCAGGUGCUGUACCCUGUGGGAGCUUAGGAGCUCUCUGGGACCUCCAGAAUUGCUGAGCUCUUAGAUCCUGGGGCCCAGGAGAGGCUCCAAGACGGAGGCGCUGGAAAUGAUCCUGGCUGGUCAGCUCUCUUUUUUUCCCACACUAACUCCUGCCCCUUAAGAGAACCCCAUUUUUUCCUAAAAGGCACCGGGGUUCCAACACUGACAAGGCAAGGGAAUUCUCUUUGCCCUGGCUGAGCCAGUCUCUGAAGCCAUGUCCUUCUUUUCAUUGCUGCAAAGCCAUAGCUUUCUAGGUCGGUCCACUGGCACCCAGACUUCAUCUCCUCUGUCCUCUACCCUCUGUGUUGGUCUGGACAGGUUCUGAUACAGCUGGUCACUCCAGCCAGGCAGGGCCAUUCCUAUGCUCUGUGUUAGAAGCCAGGAUCCUUGACACUUCUAUCCUUGACCUAGAUGGACACCUCCCACCCCUAGUUUUUUGGUUUUUUUGUUUUUGUUUUUUUUAAAGAGGCUGAAUUUGAGCCUCCUAAUGUAGCUAUUGGCCUUAGUCUGAAUUGGAAGGAGUCUCAGGUCACCACAGGUUAAACCUCUUAUCCCAGAGACACCCAUUCCAGAGCAUGGUACUCUAGACCUUUGUGGAGCCAUACUUCCUCCUGAAUCUCAGCUCUAGGGCAUAGACCAUGACUCUCAACCCUUUUUCCCAGGAUAGAAUGAGGGUCUGUAUAGCCAUGUUACUGUACUAGAAUACGUUCUAAACCACCCUUCCACUUUCUCCAGUGAGGAUUUAAGCAUGAGCUAUGGAUAGAACUCAGCUAUGAUUAAUUAAGAACUAAUUUGUUCUGAGCUGUGCUUGGUGGCACGUGCCUGUAAUUCAGCACCUGGGAGGCUGAAUCAGAAUGGUUUUGAGUUAGAGGCUAUCCUGGGCUAAUAACAAAACCCUGUUUCAAAAGCCAACACACACACACACACACACACACACAGAGAGAGAGAGAGAGAGAGAGAGAGAGAGAGAGAGAGAGAGAGAGAUAUUACUAAUUAACACUGAAUGGAUCAAGAACCAUUUCUUGCUUUUCCUAGAUAAUUUUCUAAAAAUCAUCACUCCAGAAUACUAACCUUACUUUUUACAUGGUUUCUAGUUUCAGCAUUCCAACUGGGGUUCUGCCAGGGAAACAAGAGUCUGGGGAAAGAUACAGGAAUUGUGGAAGAAUAUACCUGACUCCUAUAGGGAAGCUGAGAGGGAGAAAAUGCCAUGGUAUGGUUGAACCUGUGUUCACUUAGCUACCUCAGCAGGAGUUCCUUCCAGAUCCCUUUUAAAGCUGAGGUCUUUCUUUCUGAUAUGGUGUGGUGCAUCUAUGAGGUAAAGGGAGGGGUGGGGGAAUAAAGGCUAGCCUGGGCUACAUAGUGAGUUUCGGGGUCAGCCUAGGCUAUGUGAGACCCUGUCUCAAACAACAAAAAGCUGAGGUCUAUAAUGAUAAGAACUCUAGAAUUAAAAAGGACAACUAGGGACACAUCCUUGACUCCCCCUCACAGCAAAGAGACUCCCAACUCAGCAAUAACUCUACAGGUCAGGCCUAGGAGCCUCUUGGGUUCCCAGACCUCAUAUGUAUCCCGGAGCUUCUAACUAAAUAGAAUUUACUUUACCUUACAGUUUAUAACCUCAGGUGGGUUUUAAGUACCCAAAAAGGACUUGAAAACGGGGAAAGCCCAUGGGGAACCUCUAGUAAAAUAGGGGGUAGAUUCCGAGUCUAGCGGAUGCAGGUGGAAACGUCUAUGGAGGUCCUAAGGGAGGGGCUAGUGCUCAAAGACAGGUCACUUUUCCUCAGGCCCUUUUACUUCUGGCUUGUUGCAAGAGAUGCCCUCCUGCCUCAUACAAACCCCGCUCAGGCUCCGCCCAUCUCCUGGCUCUGCUCUCAGGGGACUGGGUCUCCACUUCAUGCUUUCUGUAAUUAAAGAUGAUUUAUACAACCA